CUCACAUCUCCAACAGCUCCAUUGCAACGCGACAUCAGCUUCGCCUUUCCCAACGCUGCUAUUCCACGUCCUCGAAUAUCGACAUCAUGGCGCAAGCUCCGGUUCAGACCCUUCAUAGGGAUCCUCAGUUAUUCUACUGGAUCCUUAUCCCCAUCACCAUUGUCAUGGUCUUGACUGGUGUGCUCCGUCAUUACGCAUCUGUCCUUAUGGCAACCGCGCCUAAGAAGCAGGACGAAAAGGCGAUGCGUGAGCAACGCUUCCUUGCUCGGGGUGUAGCUCUUCGGACCAACCACCAUGUCCUCUCACAGAGGGCAUUCGAGUCUCGACGUGAUACUCUGACAACCAAUUACGAGGCCGGAACAUACCUUAAGGAGCCCGAUCGCAAGGGCCAACCUCCUGCCAACCCUCUGUCCGAUCCCAGCGCUAUGGACGGAAUGAUGGGUAUGAUGAAGAACAAUAUGGCCAUGAUUAUCCCCAAUACACUCAUCAUGAGCUGGAUUAACGCCUUUUUCAGUGGAUAUGUCAUCAUGAAACUGCCCUUCCCCAUUACUAUCAAGUUCAAGAGCAUGCUCCAGGCUGGUGUUCAGACCAGGGAAAUGGAUCCUCGAUGGAUGUCCAGUAUCAGCUGGUACUUCCUUUGCAUCUUCGGUCUCCAGUUUGUUUAUGUGUUCCUUCUUGGCAGUGACAAUGCCGCCAGCCAGGUUGCCCAGCAAAUGCAAGCGCAGCAGAUGCCUAACCCCAUGAUGGGUGGUCCUGGCCAGGACCCCCACAAGCAGUUCGUGGCCGAGAUUGAGAACUUGAACGUUGUGGAGCACUACUCUGUUCUGGACAACGUUGAGGAACGUCUUUUGGCGGGUAUCAAAUCGUAGAUUCAUAGAACGAGCAAAUGUACAUACGCCAAAUAAAACGCGGUGACAUAUUUUUCC